AUUGACAGCAAUGGCUUCCUUUCCGGUUCGCCAUUCGAGUGUGCUUGUUCUCUUUCUGUGAGCUAAGGCCAAUUUGAGGCAACUUGCACUAAAUCAAGCCAAUUUACAAGCUGAAAAAUGUCGUCAAACGCUGAACUAGCCUGUGUGUACUCUGCCCUCAUCCUCGUGGACGAUGAUGUGGCUGUGACGGCUGAGAAGAUCAAUACCAUCCUCAAGGCUGCCAAUGUUGAAGUGGAGCCUUACUGGCCGGGACUCUUCUCAAAGGCGCUCGAGGGCGUUAAUGUGAAGGAUCUCAUUACCAGCAUUGGAUCCGGAGUUGGUGCUGUUGGUCCAGCUGCUGGAGCUGCCCCAGCUGCAGCUGCCGCUGCUGAUGCUCCAGCUGCUGCCAAGGAGGAGAAGAAGAAGGAGGAGGAACCUGAAGAGUCCGACGAUGACAUGGGAUUCGGGCUGUUCGAGUAAGACUUCCCGGAAAACAAGAUUCCAAGGCAACCCAAGGUGUCUGGUACAGUUUUAAUGUACAAAAACCUCGAGAGUUGAUUGAAAUAAACCUCUUUCUUUAAGAAAAUGAA